AUGGCUCGACUGUCUGGACUACAGACUGAAUACACUGAAGCAGUCCGGACUGUCCAAGACCAGAAACAUCUGAUAACACAACUGGAAGAAGAUCUGAGAAGUGUCAAUGCUUUGUCGUCCAUGUUCAGAGGAGAUGCUGAGGUACAUGUAUUGUAUAUCUGUCAUGGUUUUAUAGAUCCUCACAGCCUAUCCAGUCCCAUCCUACCCCCAACUCCCUCUCUCUACAUCACACAGCUGGAGGAAGAUCUGAGAAGUGCCAAUGAUUGUCAUCCACGUUCAGAGGAGAGGCUGAGAGGAGAUGCCGAGUUUCUCUACAUCACACAGCUGGAGGAAGAUCUGAGAAGUGUUAAUGCUUUGUCGUCCCAUGUUCAGAGGAGAUGCCGAGGUACUGUAUACCUGUGCAGGUCCUUUAGAUCAUCACAGUCCCUUCUGUCUGCCCUCCAACCCCCAACUCCCUCUCUGUACAUCACACAGCUGGAGAAAGAUCUGAGAAGUGCCAAUGAUUGUCAUCCAUGUUCAGAGAUGGGUGAACCUGGUCCAAAUCAGGUCAAAGACCCUGGGUCAGAGGUCAUGGUGGAGGUCAUGAAAGAUGCCAUUCCUCAAGCAGACUUGACAUCAACUGCUGCCAACUCACUGCUCCCGAUUGUUCAGAGUCAGAGGGAACGAUACAGACUGAGAGCAAAGGAACUGGAGAUGCAAUCUCUAGGUCAGCAACAACAGGUGACCAUCUUGCAGAAUGAGAUUGACAAACUGAGAUCAGACAACGUGAAACUGUAUGAGAAGAUCAGAUUCCUGCAGAGCUAUCCAUCACAGUCUAAAGCCGGCAAUGAAGAUGCAGAGAGUCGAUAUUCCACUCAAUAUGAAGACAAACUGGACCCGUUUUCUACAUUCAGCAAAAAGGAGCGAACGAGGAAGUACAUGAAUCUCAAGCCAUAUGACAAAAUAACACUGAGCAUGGGGCGUUUUAUCAUGGGUAACAAAGUGGCACGGACCAUUGCCUUCUUCUACACAAUUCUUCUUCACUCUCUGGUCUUCUUGGUCUUAUACAAACUUGCACAUACAGAAUCCUGCAAACGAGAUUUGGCAGUAGAAUGCCAUAACCAGUUUGCAGACCACAUGCUAAAGGUUCAUGGGAACAAGGAAUUCCACAUGUCAGAAGAUAAACACCAAUAA